ACCGCUCCCGGACCACCGGCGCCGCCGUAGUGUUCCCAGAUCGUGUCCAUUGUGAUGUCGUGAACCGAACGAGAUUUUUAGCAGUACGCACCGGGAAGAGCAUAUAACAGGAUUUUUUUUUUUAAAUUGUGUCGGGAAAAAACGAGGACGAUUUUAACAAAAAUUAAUAUAAUAUUGCAUGCAUUGAAUAAAAUACUAUACGCCUUCGUCGCAGUGUCGGCGAAAUAAUAGUAAUUGCGAACCGGGAUGAUCUGAGAGGUGAAACGAAAAAAUAUUCGCAGCCCGUCGUCUCCGUCCGUCACGUGUAGUGUCGUGUGCGCGCGUGCAAAUAAAUCGUCGUCUCCGCGGGUCGUCGCGUAGACCUCCGGCGCCGGAGACGGACGUUUGAGCAUUCCUGCGGUUAGGACCACAGCACACGGUACCACCUGCAUCUGAGUCUCGGCCAGCUGUCGUGCGUUGACGUGUCCGCCGCACUGAAGGCGUCUGCGACCACCGGAAGUUGAGCGUCCCGGCAUCCGGCGCAGCGGAAGAGUCUGCGGGCGAACCGGGAAACAGGACGGGAGCGGGUGCGGGCGGCGUCGGUGACAAUAUACGACGGCGGUGACAAAGCGCUCACGCCGGCCCGUCCGCGCCCAACGGUCGUGGUCGCGACGUUGCCCUGUGAUCUAUGCAACGACGAGAUGAUCGCGCCCAGCUGCGGUGGUGGUACAAACAAUGGUGAACGGUGGUGAUACCGCCGUGUCGGGGCGCCGGUCAUCAUGCGUUCCGAGCGGUCGGAGCGGCCAUCGCCACUGUUGCAGCAGCUACCGCGGUCCUGCCACAGAAUCCGCACCGGGAUACCGUUACCGCGGUCGUCGUCGUCGUCGUUGUUGUUGUUUCUAAGGGGUGGUCGUCAUCUUCGCCACCACCACCACCGCCACCAGCACCAGCACCAGCGCCGAACCCGGCUGACCUUCACCGUCGCAGCCACCGCCGCUGCUUGGUGUUACCACCAUGCGGCUGGUGCAGAGCAUCGCGGGUCGACGCGAGUCCGCGGACGCACAACCCGCCACGUCCACUAGCAGCACGCGCCUGCUUCACCACGGCCAGUCGGCCGACCUCGAGCAGAUCAGCAUCGUCUCAUCGAACGCCACUCCGUCUCAAGUGACGUACGGCACUGGUCUGGUCACGGCCAACGGGCCCAGGAUAGUACCAGGAACGAUCACUAGCACAGGGCGGAUUGGCGAACGACUUAGCAUAUCUGGCACGAGAUUAGAUACUGGGAGUCCAGUAAGAUUCGGUACUAAAUCCAGUGUCGAAUCACUUAGGCUCUCAGCUGGCCGACAAAGCUUACUCGAUUUGGUAGGAUGUAGAUUCGGCGUAAGUCGAAAACCACCUCAGACCUGUUUCUCCCACUCCAGAGACUCGCUGACGCCGGUGUACACAAACCAGACUAGCAGUUGUCUGCCAGGUGGCAUAGCCAGCUCGGAUUCGGACAUAGCGGCCAAGGCGGGCGGCAAAUCGUCCUCCGGGCAGCACCGUCCAAGCCGGGUCAACUUUGAUGGCACCGGCGCCGGGGUGGGUGACAGUAAUAGCGGAGGCGGAGAUGGAGGUACCGCAGGAAGUGGAAGUGCUGCCGGUACAGCGGCGGCGGCGUCAAGUGGCGGUAGUGGAGCCGACGGCGCUGGUGGAGGCAGCACCACGACUGGUAGGGCGUCGUAUAACAACGCCCGCGGUUCCAUCUGCUUCGACGGCGGCCGGCAGAAGAACGGUGGUCCCCGGCAGUACAGAGACCGGACGUCCGACCGAGUCAAGGGCAUACGGUGGUCAUUUGUGUUCGACCCCGCCGGACAGCUCUGCUACUACUGGAACAUGGUCGUGUCCAUGGCAUUCCUCUACAACUUCUGGGUGAUCAUAUAUCGGUUCGCGUUCAGCGAAAUCAACCGGAACACGAUAGUGGUGUGGUUUUGUUUGGACUAUAUAUGUGAUCUGCUUUACGUGAUCGACAUAUUAUUUCACUUUCGCACGGGUUACUUGGAGGAUGGCGUGCUGCAGACGGAUGCCGCCAAACUGCGCAACCAUUACAUGAACUCGACUACGUUCUACAUAGACUGCCUGUGCCUGUUGCCGUUGGACUUCCUCUACUUGUCCAUAGGGUUCAACUCCAUCCUCCGAUCGUUUCGGAUAGUGAAGAUCUACCGGUUCUGGGCAUUCAUGGACCGGACCGAGCGGCACACCAAUUACCCGAACCUCAUCCGAUCCGGCAGCCUCAUCCACUACCUGUUGGUGAUAUUUCACUGGAACGGGUGUCUUUACCACAUAAUCUACAAGAACAACGGGUUUGGUAGCAAAAACUGGGUAUACACGGACUCGGAUACCGAGGAGACGGACACGGUCAAGCGGUACCUGCAGAGCUAUUACUGGUGCACGCUGGCGUUGACCACCAUCGGUGACUUGCCCAAACCCAGAAGCAAUGGCGAGUACGCGUUCGUCAUAUGUCAGUUGCUGUUCGGUCUUCUACUGUUUGCAACCGUGCUCGGUCACGUGGCAAGUAUAGUGGUGAGCGUGAGCGCGGGCCGCAAAGAAUUCCAAGAUGGUACUGCUCAAUCGAAAUUGGAUGGUGUUAAAACGUACAUGCGAAUGAGAAGAGUACCGAAUCACUUGCAGACCAAAGUGAUUAAAUGGUUUGACUACCUCUGGUUAACGCAAAAAUGUUCAGACGAAGAAAAAGCCAUUAGCUGUUUACCGGAUAAACUAAAAGCUGAGAUCGCAAUAAACGUACACUUGGACACGCUGAAAAGGGUUGAAAUCUUUCAAAACACAGAAGCCGGAUUCCUUUGUGAACUGGUGUUGAAAUUAAGACCCGUGUUGUUUUCUCCCGGAGAUUAUAUUUGUAGAAAAGGGGAAGUUGGCAAAGAAAUGUACAUAGUAAGUAGAGGGAAACUACAAGUGGUCACCGACGAUGGCAAGUCGGUUCUAGCAGUACUUCGAGCAGGGUCAUAUUUUGGAGAAAUCAGUAUACUUAAUAUGGGGACAGCAGGGAAUAGGCGAACUGCUUCAGUCCGGUCAGUAGGCUAUAGCGAUCUGUUCGUUUUGUCAAAAAAAGACAUGUGGGACGUGCUCAAAGAAUACCCUACUGCCAGAAUCAGACUAGAGGCAAUAGCGACCAAACGUCUGGAAAAGUACAAAACUGAACCUAGUCCAGACGAUAAAUUAGAAGGAUUAGUCGGAAGGCGAUGCAAGUCGACGCCCGGAAUUGUAGAAAGCCAAAUUAAAGUAGAAGAUGAGAUGUGGUUGCAAUCUAGCGAAGGUCUUUUAAGGCCAGCGGCUACAUUCAAUAGCAACAUCAAUAACAGGACUUCAUUCAGUCCUACCGCAAGUCCUAGCUUCAGAUCAAAUGCCGCAGCAACAUUAGAAUCCCCUCUGUCUAGUAAAUAUUCUCUAGAUCAAGAACACCACCAUCACCACCAUCACCAUGUUCAAGAUGCUCAAAAACCACAAGCAACAACUUCAGGUGUAGGUAAAGAUGCAACGAUGGUGUCCGCAUUGGAAGCGGAAAUUAAUAGACUUCAAGAACGUUUAAUAGCUGUAGAAACAGAGAACUUGUAUCUCAACAAAAAAGUUACUCAACAGCGGUGGGACAUGGACCACAGGCUUGCUGAAAUUGAGAUGCAGAUUUGUAAAGACGUUGGAAGUAGUGCAGAUAGUAGUUGUGAUGAUAACGAAAGAAAUAAAGAGUCGAUCAUCUAAGUGAUUUUUCCGAUUGAAUUUUUAAAAAAAAACAGAUUCAUCUGCGCCAAAGACUGACGUCAAUAUUAUAUCGAGUUAUAAAUUGUAUUUUUUUUUUUUUAAUUACCAGGGUGAAAUUUACAAAACCCAGGAAACUGCAAUUAUUUUGGUUCACAUAAUAUAAACAGAUGAAUUUACUAAUAAUGCGCGUAAGAUUCAGGCCUAAUAAACAUAUUUUUACAACUCAAAAUAAAAUUUCUUCAACCUCAUGUGAUUAAUUAAUUAUGACAGAAUCGAAUGAAUUAAACGAUUACCUAUUAACAAAGUAUAUGAAGACUAAGUGGAAAUUGUUUUCUACUCAGUGAAGUAUGUAUUCGUGUUUUGCAUUUUAGGAAUUUAAUCAUGAGAUAUUUACAUGUCAUAAGCUAAUUAAGAUAUAUAUUUUACAUCAUAAUGUAGGUAUAUAUCUAAAUGCAUGAUGUCAUGUAAUUAUAUUAUAUUAUCAACAGCAUUUCAAAGCUAAUACCAAUCGUGCAAAAUAUUAGAAAAGUAAAGAAAUAUUAUUUGUUUGAUGCCCACCAACGUUUUUAAAUAGGUAGGUACCAAUUAUUUGUUGUUCUUUUUUUCAAUUACAAUUGUUAUCUUAUCAAAGUCAUAAUUAUAUAAUAUAUAGUUGCAGUGUUUUCCCUUAUUGUAAUUGCAGUAAGUUCCUGAACAACGUUUAUUAGAUAAACAUUUAAAUUAUGGGGACCAAAUGAUUAAAUCGGUCAAUGACUUUGUCACCUGCAUAGAAUCGCAAAAUCGAUAAUAUAUGUAAUUCAAAACUUCUA